GUCGAUCAUCACCGGUUUUCGGAUCUCCGGCGACUUAGACCAUUCAGAAUCGGAUAUAGAGUGCUUUUGUGGUUGAGGUUAUGGAAGACUGUUUAUGGCUCCGGAAUAUAAAGGUUGAUUUGGAACAUUUAGUUAAGGCAAAUGAAUUGAUGACAAACUCUUCUCGGGUGGACAGAUUGAGCUGUCUGCCAUGGGUGGUGCUUGACAAUAUCCUAGGUCGCCUCCCAAUUGAUGAUGUUGCCAAGAUGAGUGUUUUAUCCCAUAUGUGGAAGAAUAAUUGGAAAUAUGUUUCUCAAAAACCAGCAAAUAAGGAAAAUGUUGGCAACAAUAUUGCAUUCCACAUUAGUGAUAGAGUUUUAAAAAUGUAUAAGCGAGAUUUUGGGCUAAUAACUAGGCUGAAGUUUGGUGUUGAGGAUGAAGGAGAUGUACCCAAAUACUUUGAGCGCAAUGAACUAAGCAAAAAGUACUUUAAGGGAAACAUGAUUUUAACCCGGGAUGAGGUGGAGACGGCUUUUCUGAAAAUUGGAAGGUCUAAAAAAAGGGAUGUCGGGGAUGCAGUUAAGUUAGGGCUCCUUCAUGUUCUAGAAAAAAAGGGAUGUUGGGGUUUUAGUUCCUAAUUUUUUUGGAGAUAAUUAGGAGUAAUUAGUUGUUGAGAUAUUGUGAUGAUUUAUAGUCUUUCUUUGAACGCAAUAUAAUCUCUUGGAAAUGGCAUUUCUACUUCCAAGUAGAAGAUUUGGGUCACAAAGUGCAAAUUAGAGGGAAAAGUUAUUGCAGGGGACAAUGUAAGUGUUCUUGGACUACUUGAUGUGUGGACAAAUGAUGUUGGUCAGAUAUCAGCCGUUGGUGAUCUGUUGAAUAGUUUUCAGAAUCUUAAAGAGCUUUCCAUCAAUCUAGCGCCUAAUCACUCUUUGUUCUCAUC